AUGGGACAGCCGGUUGAAGGACAAGCAGUCAUUGGUCAUGGGGAGGGAAAUUGGCCAGCAUUACACAUUCAUAUAGGGAGGCCCAUUAUUCGGACGGUUCGACCGGAUCGGCAACAUGAUCAGGAAGAUGACGCGGAUGAUUUUGAACCAAUAUUAGGGUCACAGCAUCGGCGCGGGAUGGAUCCUUUGGCAGUAAGCUGGCUUCGCGUAUAUCUUUCGAGAUCCCACUCCCCACAUACUCUCGUCUACUACAGGGACGCACUAGAUCGACAACGGGACGAGCAGAUGACAUGGCAGCCUUACACAGCGGCUAAGAUGGAAGCUCUACCGCACAUAUGUACAUCGGGCCACGAGAUUUGGAGAUCGCGUUGUCCUCUUAUUUGCUUUGACAUCGUCGAGCUACAUCUCCCGGAUCGUGUCAUGCGUCAAUUUGGUUUGGAGCAGGUAAUUCCGCAAGCCUGUGACACCCAACCUCAACUACAUGCGAUCGAUCGGAGGACUGGGGACAAGAACUACCUCGUACGACAUAGAUCGCAUGUAGAUGCGUGGAACGACCGAGCAUCUACAUUGGUUGGAGGAGAUAACUUCACAGGUCAUAGCUCUGCUAUGUACAUGAGUUGGUCAGGCGCAUCUCCAUAUUACGCCUAACGAACACCGCAUUUGCGCAGCCAGGA